UGGUCGGGUUGAAUGAAUAUCGCCUCACCAAAUUGCCAGUUUUUCGAUUGAAGAUAUGGGAUUAUACAACCCACGCAGCUCGCUGAGCCCUAACUGACUUCCGUCUUCGUCUUUGGUGAUAUAGAACGACGGUUAGAACGCGAAGUAUGAGUCGGUUGAUUGCGCCUAUUGACCAGUCUUAUUGGGCUGUUGGUACGAAAGCAUGCUGCGCCGUACGGCGUGAAAAGAGGCGUCGUGAUUAUCCUUACUGAGGAACGAUUAGUCUAGAUGGUAUGAUUGGCUUAAGCCAGAAGAAAACAAGUUAUGGGUAGUUGGAUGCAUUUCGAGACCGAAGAUACCAACGCAAUAAUCUUAGCUGCUACGAAGUCAACUGACUACUGUAUCAGCUUGUAUAUGGCGUGGCUGAAUAUCUCAAUUAUUGACUCUGUGAUCUGCUGGUUUGGCUGGAAGCGGAUCCCCAAGUUCUACCAGGCGUUGAGGAAGAUGAUCGGCACGCGCAUGAACAUGCCCAAGGACGCAGCGCAUGAUAUUUAUGCGGUGGCAUCUGGGGAUGUGACACCUAGUGGCGAUAAAGGUCUCCAGGAUACGGAUCUAUGGUCCGAAGCGUCUUUCUUCGUCAUGGCUGGCGGUAUGACGGUCUCCACGCUUAUGAGCGCCGUUUUCUUCUACCUUACUCGUCACCCAGAUGUGUACAAACGCCUGGCUACUGAGAUUCGCACUACUUUUAAUUUGGGCGAGGCUAUCACCAGCGGUCCACAACUCAGCUCUUGUAAGUACCUCCGCGCCGUCAUCGAUGAGACUAUGCGCGUCGCGCCCCCGACUACAGCCACGCCCUGGCGGGAGGAUGAUGUUUAUUCGGCAACAUCACCCAAGUCGGAUGGGCCGUUAGUCGUAGACGGACAUGUAAUUCCCCACAGAACUGCUGUCGGCGUGAGUCUAUAUAGUGUAUUGCACAACGAGGCCUACUUCCCCGAGCCAUUCGCCUUCCGCCCCGAGCAGUGGCUCGAUGCCGACGACGACCUCACAUAGACUAUUAUGCGUCGAGCCUUCGCGCCCUUCGCAUUGGGUGAUCGCGCGUGUGCCGACAAGGCUAUGGCGUACUUGGAGACGAGCUUGACGAUUGCGAAGACACUAUGGUACUUCGAUUUCGAUGCAGCUCCUUCGAGCGCUGGGAAAGUGGGUGGGGCACC